CUUCCUGACCUGCGCACGCGCACUCGACAGCAGGAAACCUACGCACGUUACAACAACAGUCCAGAGUCCAGACUUCAACCCAGUGAUACCCGCGAUCCAGAACCAUGGCAGAUCCAAGAAUACGGCAAAUUAAGAUCAAGACUGGCAUCGUGAAGAGGCUGGCGAAGGAGAAGAUUUCGUACCAGACGGAGGCCCAGCAGCAGGAGGAGAAGGUUAAGCGUCUGAAGGAGGAGGCAGGAGACCCGUACGUCAUCAAGAAGCAGAUCGAGGUCUUGCAGGAGUCGCACAUGAUGGUCCCGGACUGCCACCGCCGUCUGACCAUCGCACACGCAGAUCUGCUCCAGCUGCUGGAAAGCGAAGCGGAUUUGGGCGAAUCGGAGGAGUACAAAGAGGCCAGAAACAUGCUGGACUCGGUGAAGCUUGAAGGAUGAUCUGUGAUUCUUGGGUGUCCGUUCCUUUCGUCGGGUGUUCGGAGACCCCCGAGGGUCUCUGUUGCUCAUGUGGUUUAUUUUUUACCUGCUUCCUGUGUACUCACCGUCAACGUGCCACCACUUCUGAUCACACGCCUCCUAAUAAACAGAAACCUGACAGGGAAACAUUGGCUUCAUCCCGGUGGGGGGGGAUUUCUUUUUGUCUGUGGCACUGAUAGACAAUCUGGACUUUAGAGACGUCAUUAAAUCCACACCCAGGCAUGUUUGUCUUACGUUCAGGCAUCGCCUUUAAUCUCCUGGUUUAAAGUGGGACACAGUGUUGGAAACGGAUGGUUUUGCAUUCCUUUAGCGAGCUCGGAUUCGCGUCCAUGAAUACUAACCAAAGCUGCGAUCAACGAUUAUUAUCUUUGUUUAAUCCUUCCUGUAGUGCGGGAGUGAAAAAGUGUUCAACAAACGGCAAAUAAUCCGAUUUUAGAAACUUGAAACAAUGACUGAAUGUUUUUUUUUCUAUCAAUUGGGGAAUGUAAUUCUUUGCAUCUCUGAUUGGAUUAAUAAACUGGUGGUUUCAGCACUUAA